CGUAGAAUUUUUUUCUCGCCGUCCCAUAAUGCAUUGCCGUUUCCGUCACUGACGGCUUGUCGCAAACUCCAAGCGCUGCUUGUUUCAGUCGCUACCCGCUUCUAUUACUCUUCCUGAACAACUUCCCCCGCCGCAGUCCGUCCCCAUAAACGCCCUCCCCCCGCGUGGCCGUUAAGCAAAGGCGUUCUCUGGGCCUCGGCGGCGCCUCCUUUCCUGCCCCCCUCCUCUUCCUUUCCUGCGAAAUGCCCCCCAAGAAACAGCCGCCGCCGGCGGCGGCAGCGGCAGGCAACAAAAAGGCGGAUCAGAAGAAGAAGGAGAAGAUCAUCGAGGACAAAACCUUUGGCUUAAAAAAUAAGAAAGGAGCAAAACAGCAGAAGUUCAUCAAAGCUGUAACCCAUCAAGUUAAAUUUGGUCAGCAAAAUCCACGGCAGGCUGCUCAAACAGAUGCUGACAAAAAAUUAAAGAAGGAUGAUAAGAAGAAAGAAUUGCAAGAACUGAAUGAACUUUUCAAACCUGUAGUGGCUGCCCAGAAAAUUAGUAAAGGUGCUGAUCCCAAAUCAGUGGUCUGUGCUUUCUUCAAACAAGGACAGUGCACAAAAGGAGACAAAUGCAAAUUUUCUCAUGACUUGUCUUUGGAGAGAAAGUGUGAAAAAAGAAGUGUUUACAUAGAUGCAAGAGAUGAAGAUCUUGAAAAGGACACAAUGGAUAACUGGGAUGAGAAGAAGCUAGAAGAGGUAGUGAACAAGAAGCAUGGUGAAGCUGAAAAGAAAAAACCCAAAACACAAAUAGUCUGCAAGUAUUUCCUUGAUGCUAUUGAAAACAAUAAAUAUGGAUGGUUUUGGGUCUGUCCUGGUGGAGGAGACAAUUGUAUGUACCGCCAUGCUCUCCCUCCUGGCUUUGUACUCAAGAAGGACAAAAAGAAGGAAGAAAAGGAAGAAGAAAUUUCUUUAGAAGACCUAAUAGAAAAAGAGCGUGCUGCCUUAGGAGCAAAUGUUACUAAAAUUACUUUAGAGUCUUUUCUUGCAUGGAAGAAAAGGAAAAGACAAGAAAAGAUUAAUAAGGCUGAGCAAGAUAUGGAAAGAAGAAAAGCUGACUUUAAAGCUGGCAAAGCAUUGGUGAUCAGUGGGCGUGAAGUGUUUGAGUUUCGGCCAGAGCUGGUUGAUGCAGAUGAUGAGGAAGCAGAUGAUACACGCUAUAUUCAAGGAACAGGCGAAGAUGAGGUUGACGAACUUGUGAGUGUAAAUGAUGUGGACUUGAACCUUUAUGUUCCAAAAGCUGUGGAUGAGACUGGAAUUACUGUAGCUAGUCUGGAACGAUUUAGUACGUAUACUUCAGCUGAAAAGGAUGAUAAUAAGCUGAGUGAAGCUUCAGGAGGUGGACUGGAGAAUGGAGAGCAAAGUGAUUUGGAAGCUGACAGCGACAUGGAAGGCACCCAGGAAAAUGGAAUAAUUGAUGCAGUUCCAGUUGAUGAGAAUCUUUUUACUGGUGAGGACUUGGAAGAACUAGAAGAAGAACUAAACACACUUGAUUUAGAGGAAUGAACAAGCUGCUUCAAAUAUGAAUUUAAUCUUCUUGACAAAGUGAAUUCUGGCUCCAUCUGUUUUAUCUAGAAUUCUUAAAUGGAAUGUUCUUGGUUCCUCAAGUGAUUCUGGAAAGAACAUUAAACAGACAUAUCUUCCUUCCAAAAAUUUUUUCUUAUUCAAUCUUAACUGCAGCUUCAUGGUAAGCCACCCAGAUAAUACACUGAGAGGACUAUUUUAUCAUACAAUGACACUUGUAACAAGAUUCCAACCCAAAAUAGGAAGGCUAACUAUUUUUCCAGGAUGUGUGAAGGAGAAUAUUGCUACCAGGUACACAAGAAGGUCAAAGUGAAAUCCUUCAGCAGAAUUUCAAUUGAAAUGAGUGUGUUUGAGUGAUUACAUAACAAUUUUUGAGCUACAUAGUAUAAAUUGAGGUGAUAACAGAUUGAAAUGGCUGUUCUCUUGCAAGGCUGGAAUUGCUUUAGAUUAUUUGACCAAACAGAUGCUUGAGAUAGCAGUCCGUAAAAUGACAUUCAUGUAUGGGGCCAUCCUUUUAAAACAUAAACUUUACAAAGGUGUAAAUAAAGGCCAUCUGACUGAAAAACAUGUUGGCUCUACAGUAGUAUAUGACACAUGGUCUGCAAAUAUGCAGUAAAGCUAAACAGAAGCAAUUCUGCAAAUAUGAAUGGCGAUUUGAAAUUUAUGCUGUAAUCUCUAUGUGAAACACCUCAUUACCCAGUAUAUGGAAAAUAAUACUUACCAUGACUUCAUCCAUCUUUCUGGUUUUCUCUCUUCACUAUUCUCAAAAGUGUCUUUCCGUGUGUAGUGUAAAAUUUUAAAGCUGUUGUGAGACCUUGGAAUAUGGUAUUGGAAUUCUGCUUUAAAUGUCCUGACAGAGCAGGAAGUUCCUACAACACUUCAAGGCAAAGUGAUAUAAUUUUAAUUAUAAAGAUUACGCUGGUGUCUUAAGAGAAGCUUCAUUAGAUGACCCAGGUGAAUCAACAUCUUUGUAGCAAAGUAGAAAAGCUUUCUAGGCAGAGUCUAUUGCAAGAUAAGAGAUGUAGGAAGAGCUCUCUAAUGUUAACUUUCAUGUGAGCCAGAACUCUGGCUUGUAAGAAGUGAUCUUCAAAUUCUUACAAAAACGCCUUUAGCUCAAUAGUUUGGGACAGGUGAGAUAUCUAAGAACUAGAAUACCAACCCUUUUUAGAUUGACCUAAAGAUAGUUGUUUGAAGGAUUUAACAUGUGACUGCAAACAGUGGGAGUUAGCAAUGCCAUGACUGGCCAGCCCAAAUAGUAAAGGUUACUUGCCACCCCACAUUUAUGUCAAAACAAAAUGUAACAGAAGAUACAAUGCUAAAGAGAGCUGUGGGGAAAUGAAGGCUACAGAUCCGUCGUCAGAAUCUUUACUGGAAUUCUACCAGCUUGGUGUAAUGUACCUAAAAUAUCUCCUGAGUUGCCUGUGUACUUAGUGUGUAAAUUAUUUUCCACUGCUCUCCUUUAUCACUCAUUUUCUUCCUGUAGAGGUUUUGAGCCCUCCAACUCAGUUGAAAUCCCUUUGGAUCAUAUCUCUUGCUUCUUUGCCUUAAUUUUUCCAGAACAAAACAGAAUUAUGGAGUUGGUUUAUAUACAUGCUGCUCUUUUAUUUUUAAAAAGCACUUGUAUUUUUUUAAGCAUUGCAGCAUGCGUGUUGUUUGAGAGAAAAAACAAGAGUAAUUGUUGAUGAUCAGCUUCUUGAUGUUUCUCUCUCCAAAAAAGUUCCAAAAAUCUUUCAUCUCCUCUAAAAUAGACUGAAAAUUAAGCAGCUGGCCAACCAUUCAUUGUUGUGGACAGUUUGAAAAAUGUGUGGUGGUUCUAUUUUUUAAAUUACUGUAGGUUUUUUUUUUUGUUUUUUUUACAUUAUUGAUAUGCCAAACAAACCUUAAUGAGAUACUAGUGGUUUCAUUCAUGUAUUUUUUCCCCCUCCUGGAAGUGGUUUGGCCUAUUAGAUUGUAGUGGAUGAUUGUGUUAAAUUUGUGCUAUUUUUUCAAAAUAUAUUGAAUAACUUUGUAUUCAAGCUCAAUUAUGGCAGAGGAAAAUACAUGAUCAUGCUGCGAUUGGAUCAGAUGUUUCUUAAUCAGUGUUCAGUGAACCACAUGGAGAAUGCAUCUAGACUGUAAAACAUGGGAAUUAAUGUAAGGUAGUGGCUCUUUGGCUAUCAGCUUUUCAUAUGUAUUGUGCGUUAUGAAAUGUUGUUCUCUUCCAGAACUAUAAAAUAUUUCCUGAGUAAA